AUGCCGUCACUUAAACAAGCCAAUGCUAAAUACGUCGAAAGUAUUAUCAAAUAUCCACUUUUAACCAAAGCUAUAACUGGUGCAAUCCUCAAUGGAUUAAAUGAAAUCAUUUCAACUACAGUCACUUCUGAUUAUUCCACAACUGAAAUCUUAGGAUAUAAAGUUAACCACGUAUUAAGUCCUAAAUUGAUCAAGAUGAUUAUAUAUGGUGGGUUAAUUUCAACUCCAGUGAGUCAUUACAUGUACCAUAUUAUCAACAACAAGAUCUUCACUGGUCAAUUAAGUAAACUAGGCAAGAUUUUGCAACUUUUAACUUCGUUGUUAACUGUUACUCCAACCAUAUGUGGUAUUUUUGUCUCAUGGGUUAGUUUAAUUAACAAUUAUAAAGUCGACAAAGGUGAGUUCAACCUUAAGAAGGAAGUAGCCAAGAUGGUUGGAAUCGUCAAGACUGGAUUACAACGUGGUUACAAGGGUAUUUUGAAGACUGCAUUGGUCACUUCAUUUGUGUCUUUGAUUGUGGCUCAAAAAUACAUUCCGCAAGAAUUAUGGGUUGUUUUCUUUAGUUCUGUUUCGUUUGUCUUGGGUACGAUCCAAAACAUCAAGUUGAAGAAGUUACAAAAGCAAGCAAGAUUAGAUAAAGAAGAAAAGUCUGAGUAA